UUUAAAGUCCUGAGCCCUAGCGCCAAAUCCCCUAUCGCUCUUCCUCUCCCUUCCGCUGUGGCCAUUUCCCAAUUCCCAACCUGCAAGUCUUUUUAACUCGAACUAGAAAACUAAGCUAACAGAAGAUUUUUGGGAACUUGCUGCUGGUAAGAUUGAUGUGGAAACGACUUGAAAUCAACAAAUGCAUAUUGUGCUAUUGCUUUCUCCCUCCACAUGUUUCCAGCAAUUUCAGAAUUUUGUUGGUAGAGAAGUAGACUGACUAAGAGACUUCUGUUUUCUUGGAUUUUGUUAUUCAAUGGAGCAAAUUGAUCUUAAUCGUGUGGAUAGCCCACCUAAGACUCCUGCUUCCAUGGGUUAUGAUGAAGCAAACAGGACGUAUAUUAUAGAGAAUGAAUUGCCAGUGACUUUACAAGAUUCUUUCCAUCAUAUUGGGACCACACAUGGCAAUCCAAAUGUGAGAUUUGAUCAGAGGCCCUUCUUGUACAGGCCUCGACCAAUUUAUCCACUUUCUCUCAGCAUGGCCAAUACAUGUCAACCUUAUGGUCUCAGUGUCAAUGAUGAAAAUGUCAUGAGUGGGGCUGCCCUACUCAAUUGCUUACAGAGUCCACAGUUUGACAGAAGUUCCAUAGGCGUUGGCAGCAGCACUGCAGCAGAAUUUCGAACAAAUAGUCAAGUUGGGACAGCAUUUGCUACUGGAGUUGUGCCCAAUGCUCACCACUUCAGUCAUGUACAUAGGCCACAGUUCCCUAGAAAUGUUAGUUUUGAAGGUAACCCACCUUUUUUAUACGAGUCACCUGAUUGUGGGUACUCAGUGGUUGGUGGUAAUGGCAUGAUGAGUGCAGUUCGAUCUGAUAAAGCACCAGUUGUAUAUCAAUCAGAUGAUCAUGGGGAGUCAUUUAUUUGUGACAAUGUCAUGACAACUACGGUUCAACCCGAUGACCUUUAUACUGAUGAUGGCAUAGCCCCAGAGUUUCUGACAAAUAGUCAGAUUGCAAUGGCAACUUGUACUAACCUCAACUCCAAUGGACUCACUUUCAAUGCAAAUCAUGGCCCACAGAUCCAUAAGAAUUUCUUAAGCAUUGGAGGUAACAGACCAGUUUUAGAUAAAGGGCACAAUCAUAGCGACUCUGUGGCUGGUAACAAUUUCAUGAUUAGGGCAGGUCAAUCUGGUAACCUUUCUCCAGAGCAGAUUGAUGGCACUUUCUUAAGUAUUAAACCUGGAGGUAGCACUGGGUUUCAACCCAGUGACCAAGCGGGAGGUAUUUCUUUCAAUAUUGCCAGGGAUGUUGCCACCCAGUCAGAUAUCUUUCACAGGGCACAGGCUGAUGAUAAACUUUUGAGUCUUGGCCACAAUGGGGGUAAUGAUACCUGGUCCACCAAUGAUGGCAGUGUUUUCAAUGCUGACAUCAAUUCAAGCCCAUUCAAUAUCUUCCAAACACCAUCAAGUAUAAUGCAACAUAAUUUUCCCCUGCAAUAUGGCAAGAACUUAAAACUUGGAGGAUGCGCAGAUGCAAGAUGUGCAAAUACAGAUCCUUAUGGAGGAUUUCAUGGUUAUUCUGCCAUCAAAUCUAGACCCGCUAGCAGCACCCAAGCUGGGUUGCUUAAUAUGGACCCGGCUCUGCUGUCUAGGGUAGCACCGAUUUCUGGUACUUCAGUGAGGACCAAUGGUUUAGGUUCAAUGCAACUACAUCAAGGUUAUGGGAAUUCUGUUGAGGGCUGCUCAAGUGAAUUCACAGAUCAUCGUCUGGUUGGGGAUCAAAGAUACGUGACUGGGCAAUAUCAAUCAGGGCAGCCAAUGACCACUAAUAAGAUUAGCAUUAUUCAAGCUGCUAAUGCUGUUCAUGGUCUAGCUGAUACAAGGAGAAUGCAACCAGCCAAUAUAGGACAGCCACUAACUGCUGAUAAGGGUAGUGUUGCUCAAGAUGGUAGAGGAAUUUAUGGUCUAGCUGAUAAGAGGAGAAGGAUGCAGAUACAACCAGACAAUAGAGGCAUCUCUAGCCUUUCUUACCAAGGAAAAUUAGGCCCAUCUCAAGGCAAUCAAUUUGCCCAGUCUGCCAAAGAUGUUGGAGUAGCUGUUACCGCUGUUAAACCAAUCUUUGCUGCAGAAAGGAGUGCGCUAGCUCAGAUUCCUAAAAGUGUCACUAGAUUACCUGCUAAGAGGGGUAGGAUCCAACUCACUACAGCUGCUCACCAGAUUUUGCAUCGAAAGAGCAAACCUGGACCUUCCAUUGGUCCAUAUGUUCCAUCUUCAAAUCAGACUAUGCCAGUCUACCAUAUCAGAAGGAAAGAUCCUGUUGAACCCCAUCAUUCAGAGAAAUGCGCGAUAUGCAAGAGGGAUCUAAUUUUUUCACCAACAGGCCCCCUAUCCGUUCCUUCCGUUCGUCCAGAGGUCGCGGUUCUACCAUGUCGCCACACCUUUCAUGAUGAGUGUUUGCAGCGUAUCACUCCAAAGGAGCAGGCUGAAGACCCUCCAUGCAUUCCUUGUGCCAUUGGAGGCGAUGGUUAAAACUCUUCUUCUGGUUCAUUCUUGCAGCUCCAUUUCAUUUUGUUUCAUAUUUUGGUUGCCAACUCUUCUACAUUCAAUACUAGGAAGAGCCAACAGGAGAUGAAAUGCUUCUAUACUACAUACAACAACUGUACAUAUAGAGGUUGAUUGGGAAUAGUAGUCAGAUCUUUUUUGAUACAUAUUGUAAAUCCUGAUGCUUCAAGUCUCUUAUUAAUUGCAAAUAGAUUUUGGU